UUUGUAAACAUAUAUAAAUCCCUCUCCAUCUCCUCUUAUUUUUUUCUUCAUCUAAAGCUUUUGCAGUAUUCCGAGAAAAUAAAUAAAAUACUGCUUUAGCUUUGGAACACACCUCCUCUUUCCUUUUUUUUUUAAAAAAAAAAAUAUAUUAAAAAAGUAAAAAUGGCACGUCAAUUUGUCGUAAUUGCCCUUUUGGCAUUGGCCGUGGCGACCGCAUUCGCAGCCGACGCACCCUCAGCAGCUCCGACCGCCUCUCCGACGAAAGCCCCAACGACCACAACCAAGGCUCCGGCCGCCGCACCAAAAGCCUCUGCACCGAAAGCAUCAGCCCCAGCCGCAGAGGAACCCACCCCCGAAGACGAUUACUCCGCCGCCACCCCCACUGACUCCGCCGAGGCUCCCACCGUCUCCUCCCCUCCAGCUCCCUCCCCAGAUUCUACCUCCGCCGAUGGUCCAUCCUCCGAUGCUCCCACCGCCGAGGCUCCCCAAAGCGGCGCCGUUACUAACGUGAAGCUCUCCAUCGCCGGCACUUUCGCCGCCGUCGGAUUCUUCUUCUUCUCUCUCUAAAUUACUUGGGAACGGGUUUCCUUCUCUUAUAUUACAUUUGUGUGUAAGAAGACAUUAUGAGAUGAGAUGAGGCUGUAUCAUAUUCUAACUACACUUCUAUAAUGCGAUCUUAUAUUAUAAAUCAAAAGGAUUAAUUGGAGCUA